AUGAUGAAUAUAGAAAGUACAGUUAUUGAUGGAAGUUUUUGUCAACCUCUCGAAAGCACGCGACUAACACGAACAACCAAUUGGUCACCGAACAAUGAUACGUCAAUACGUUCUUCAAAAAGCAUUCCAUGCAUUACGAAAUCGGAACAACAGCUAUAUAAGUUAUAUGCGCAAGCAUUAGCAGAUUCCGAAGUCACACAGGACUGGAGUAACUGGGUGGAAAUGAUGGCGAUAAAUUGCCAGAAAUGUUGCUCAGAAGCAGAAAUUUCUCAUCCAAUUGCGUUUCGUACUGGACGACAACCACAAUUAUCUCGAAAUAUUCGUAUGUUACAAGUCGAACGAGAUAGUUGGCUUCUAUGGAAUCGAGCGCGUGAUACAUUGAACAACACUCGGCAAGAUCUUCCUGACGUGAUUCCGGGUAGUAGUGAUCAAUUGAUCAUCGAGCAUCAUCUUCUGAACAAUGCGGAAUUACGAAUGGCUAAAGCUGUACAAGGAUGGCUUCAAACAAUCAAAAACGACGAACGUUAUCAAACAGAUUUAAAAAUGGCAAUGGCCAAAUUGGAGCCGAAAAGAAUUUAUUGGGAAAAAACAUGUCAUUUUCUCAAGUCAUCGUCUUACAAUGCUAAACUUCCGAAUCCUUAUAUAACUUCCUUAGAUUUUGACGCAACGCAUAAACAAAAGCGACGUCUGUAUGACACAGACGAACAAGAAGAAAAUGAUUUAUUACAAAUUGUCUUUUCAUUAUUACGUGUUGGAGAAUAUUCCAAGGCCAAAAAUCUGUGCAAAUCCACCGGUUACCAUUGGUUAGCAGCGAUACUAUGUGCAAAUGAAUUGUACCACGAUGAGAAUUAUUACUGCUCAGAAGCAAGUGACUUUGUUUAUCCGGUGGAAGGAAAUCAAAAACGCAUUCAAUGGACUGAAAACAUGUAUGAAUUAUGUAUGGAUAUGCGUUUGAAACUCUACGAACGUGCGAUCUACGGUCUUCUUUGUGGUCGAAUCGAAGCUUUAAUCCCCGUGUGUAAGACUUAUGCUGACUAUCUUUGGGCGUAUACGUCAUGCUACAUCGAACAGGAAAUUCACCAAACUCUUGUAUACGCACAUCAGAAUGAACUAAGUGAUGUCGAUAAACAUCGUGUUUUCUCUACCAAUGAAUUCGGAACUCAUCAGUUGAAAAUGACAACAAUCUUCGAUGAAAUUCUUGCUAGUUGUCCAACGCAUAUUCGUGAUGAGGCAUUGUCCCCAUUCAACCAACUCGAGAAAUAUCUUAUUCUUGCUAAUUAUGAUUGCUUAUGCAAUAGUAUCAUUUCAUUUUUACACUCGAACGAACCCAAUGGAAGUUUAUUACGUUUCUCCACGCACAUAUGUCUAUUUCUAUAUGAACAAAAUCACUCAGACAACUUUAAUCAGAAGAAUUUCAUUGAAAUUUUAACCACAUACAUUCACCAUCUAAUUGAACUCGAAUUCAAAGAUCUUGUCUGUUACUACAUAUCAAAAUUACCAGCAAAUAAUCAACCGACAUUGAUGGCGACAUUCCUCGAUACAUUAGCAAAUCGACAAGAUAAAGAAUACUAUUUGAAACAAGGUUUUACCUACAAGAUCGAUAUUGAUACAUCGUUGUUAAAACUUGCUGCUAAUCAACAGCGCGAACAAGCAUUCACAAAGACCAAUACUGAAGAAAUCAUCAGUACAAACUCAAAGAAUCUGAAUGAAAAUGAUCAAAAACAGUUAGAAUCGUUGAAGUUAUUAACAACCUUCUUGUCAACACAAACUUUAGACGCACUCCGUUUUGCUAAUCGAAUCUGUCGAUAUUUUUUGAAUGACGCCAAAUACGAAGGAAUACGAACGGCUUUGUCUUAUUUCCCACAUGAUAUUGACUUUCAUACUAUCGAGGCGAAUAAUCGUCAACAGGCUGGAGACGAUCUCCGAGAAUUCAAAGCAUUCGGUGCCUAUAUUGCAGCUAUCGAAGCGAUUCAACGUUGGUCUGAAAUGCAUCAGAAACAGAACGCUGCAUCUUCUACUACACGUGAUGAUCAAGCGUAUCUGCCGAUUGUCAUCAAAGCUGGCUAUGAGGUCUUUGAUUAUCCCCAAGGUUGGCUAGUUGAUAACACGAAUGUCCACCAAGCGUUACCAGAUCAUGAAAAUCGUCAAGCUGAAAUGUCGAUUCUCCGACAUAAAUGCAUUCCAAUGUUGGCCUGUAAUCUCUUGCGUAUAUUCGACUUGAGUAAAAAUGAACAAGAAACGUUUCGUUUAAUUGUAUUCCUAUCUGAUAAUCGCAAACAACAACUCUAUUCCUUAUUUUCAAAAGAUACUCUUCAGUCAGUAUUGUCACUCGCUGAACGUGCAGCUGAACGAUGUUUGGAUCGACAACAACAGCAACAGACGGACGAUGCAACCAUCAGUUACUUUUUAAAAUAA